UAUAAAAGCCUCUCUCUCCAUGCGUUCACUUCACUCUCAGCUCCCCAUUGCUCUGCUGAGAGGAUAGGCGCAAGACUGAGGAAAAAGGAGGGGGGACACGACAAGAGGAGAUCCCUGUGUUACAGUGGGAGACAUUUCUUUGACCUUCUUCCUCACUCCCCCUCCCCAGCCCUCCCCUCCUCUCCCAAUGUGAUUUGGGUCUCCCUCCUUCUCCUUCUUCUUCUUAAGCGUCUCUGCUCUGCUUGGACGGUGGCUGCAUCGAUGCAAAAUGGGUUGUGGCAAUUCCUCAGCCACCAACACCUCAGGAGGGGGGCCAGCAGAAGUCUCCAAAGAUGUGACAGAAGAUCCCUCGGCAGACGAUGAGAAAAGAAGGAACUAUGGUGGCGUGUAUGUAGGUCUACCAGCAGACCUGUCCACUGUGGCUGCCAGUCAGUCCAAGUCCACAUGUAAAGACUAGCAGCUACUGAUGGAAACACACCACAGGAUCCUGCUUAUUCAUUCACCUAGAAGACACUCACAUUACAAGCAGAGAGCAUGUAAGUGCUCAUGUUCUGGCUCACCACACACUGAACAAAGUCUCAGGCUAACACAGCCAUUGAGCGAGGAUGUGGACAGCUUGCAAGGGAUCUGAGGACGCUGCCUCGUGUAGUCAUGGUUGGCACAGUGAUGCAGGGAUGCACAGAAGAGGACUGCAUACGGCAUACAUCAUCACCCUUCGCUUUGCAAAAAAAAAAAAAAAGUUCACCGGAGCGGACAAGCAACCAUCAUGGACUGGCUGUGGUUGGCGAGGAUGGGCAUUGUGACGGAGCUGUCUUGGCUUCUCCGUCACGGCUCUGGAACGUUCUCUUUCUUUCCCAGGAGGAGACGGGGGACCCUGCCAACUAACUUACUUACUUACUAACUGUCUGGGACACACACACAUUCCCAAUAGCCCUCUGCAAUAAUAAUCACUGCUCAGUUAUUUCUCGAAGAAGCCAUCAAUGAUUCAUUGUGUGGCGGAGACAGAGAGUUAGAGAAACCGAGAGAAAUCAGAGUUUUUUCAGAAUGCAGAGCAGAUUCUGUUAAUGCAUCACAUGAUUGAAAAUGGCAUUGAUUUCAAUCAUGGAGCCUAUAAUGACACUGAUUGUAACAAUGGGUCUAAAUGCUGUUAACAAAAAUCAGGAGUAUUUUAAUCAACCUCUCCAAAUGUCUUGGUCCUACCUGGUGUUGUCACUUAACUUGUGCCCCAGACUGAUUAUGUAACAUCAGCAUAUGACUCAUAAUACUUAGAGCAUCUCCCUCUCUCUCUGUCUGCCUGCCUUUCUCUCUCUCUCCCUCUCUUAUGCUCUCUCUGCAGCAUGUUGUUUUUCCUCGCUGAAGAGCUGUGGUUCUAGUGCUUCUGGUUAAUUCACACGGCUCUUACGAUUUUUCUCGGAAACAGAAUUGUCACACAGUUUGUUUUUAUCCCACAUCACUUCAUAAAAUGUGAUCUAACAGCAAAAAUAUGUUAUGAAAUGAUGUUCGGUUGCAAAAAAAAUGUGAAAAAAGGAAAAAUUACAGAGAGGCAGUUGUUGCUGUUUUAUCAUUCCUCAUUUAUUGACAAUAUUUGUAUGUGAUUUUUUUUACAAUCUGCUUUAUACAUUUUGCAUCACACUUUAUUGUGAAUGUUGUUCUUCUGUAUGUAAUCGUUGAAGGAUAAAAAUGGCGAUAGCCAUAUUUUUCCUGUUGUCAACAAAUCCCAUGAAGAGACUAAAACUAACCAAUCUUGUUGCCUUCUAUGGCUGAUGGUGUUUUUUGGUUAUCAUGGUGAUACAAAUGAAGUUCUACAGCAGCGGGGUGGUUUAUGUGGGACACAGACUUAUGAUUAUUGACGUGGAUGUAGUCUAAGAAGUGAAGCUGCUUCAGAAGUUUUUUAAACCUGCAUUCUUUCUAACAGCCAUUAGAGUUUCAAGUUGGAUUCAAUAGAGAAAAUUACCCUUCAUCUCAGUUGAUUUAUUACCUCAGUCAGAUCCACCAUCUUGUCGAAAUAUGGUCACUUCUGGCUCCAGAAAAAACUAAAAUGGUGAUAGCGAAAAUAACAAACUCAAGGCUUCGAAAACGAAUACCAUAGAAAACAACUGCAGAAGUCACGGUGACUACAUCCAUUUCUUUAAUAUCAUUUUUAAUGUAAAAUAAUAAUAUUCUACGACGCCCAUGUUCAUCAUCAUGAAGCUAGUACAGCGGUGUGAAUUAUUGUGUUUUUAAAUGUUUUUAAACAACAAUCGAGGGCUAAUGGCACAGAGGAAUAAAUUAUAUCAGGCUUUGUUUGUUUUAUGGCUGUAUAUUUCUCUGUAGGAUCAAUUCAUUGUUGGUUUUGGUUUUGUUUGUUGACGAUAAGAUAAAUAUGGAAUAUCACCAGCACUGUGGCCCCAUAAAGAAAAGAACACAUGACUGCUGGGCGGGCAUUUGGGGCCAAGGUCAUUUGUCAACCAGGCUCUUGACGGCUCUCUCUUCUAAUGAAUGUACAACAUCCUCCACUCACCAGGACCCAAGAGGAGGGUGGAAAUAGGCCAACUUUAAACACUUGAGAUUCAAGAGAUGUUUUUUCAGCGUUACACAAAAUGCUUUAUUGGCCCAUGCGUGUGUGUGUGUAGCCUCGACUGCCUCGACCGACCAGUCGCAUAAAAAUAGGUCCUUAUUUUACCAUGCCUGAACACAAGCUCACUGUUUACUGUUUGUGUCUGUUUUCUUCAGAAUUGAGAAAGCUACUGAGCUGUGUCGCUGAUUAUCAGUCACAUCGAUUCCAAGAGAUUUCAUGUAGUGUCUUUUAAUUGCAAGCCAUUUGUCAGCUCACAUUGUCACAAUGUUUACACUGUUAACCUGUGGUAGAGGUAGAAUAUACUGCAGAUACAAAGAGCUGCUUUAUGUACUGUGUAGUUUACAGCAUAUUAUUUAAAAAAAGAACGGCAGUGUGCCUACAGCGCCACAGCACCGAUUUGAUUUAGAAGCCCACCUAAGACAUUGUAUUUUUGGUGUCCCUUUUCCUUGAUGUCUUCAUUUCCUCCCCUGCUGGUGUCUCAGUUUUCCUGCGUCAGUCCCUUCCAGAGGCCCUUGGCUUUUGCAGUGUGUCGUGCCGCCUGUCGUUCCCUCUUUUAUCAGUCCCACUUUGCCCUUUAUGGUUGUUCUUCCUGUAUAUGAUGGAUGUCACUGCCUUUGCCCUAUUCAAUUAGUCUAACAGGGACACGGGUUGCAGAAUGUGGAUGAAUAACAGAGUCUGAAGUGAAGCCAUCUGUAUUAAAAUGCAACAGUUGUUCUCUGAAUGUUGUAGAGGUGGAGUAGAGAAGUAACACACAUGUAAAGGAGUAGUUUAUUUGCUUUCUUACUGAGAGUUCGAUGAGGAGAUUGAUACCACUUUCAUGUCUGUAUGCUAAAUAUGAAGUUACCGCCAAAAGCAGUUUUGGUUUAUUUGGUCUCUCUGCUGAACUAAGAUUCAUAUUUACAGGACAAACAUGACAGAACUUCAUAUUGAGGAGAAAGAACUUGACUGCCUCUGUGAAACUCAUCCAUGACUAUCUGAUUCAGUUAUUUAUGAAUAAAGAUUUUUAUAUUGUCCGUGCA